UCAACAUGUCGGGCGGUAGAAAGCCCCGCUCAGUCGCGAACCCAUUGGAAUCGGCUAUAACUACACCAAGCGAACGAAUUUUGAAACAAUGUCACAAUUUGUAUAUCGACAACGACAACGGGCUGGUGAAGAUUGCUGCUGGCCUGGGUCUCCUGCUGCUGCCUCCAAGGAAGAAGAUCAUAGUGAUGAUAAUGGGGAACCACUCGGCAGGAAAGAGCUCCUUUAUCAACUGGUAUGUGGAGGAGCACAUUCAGAAAACAGGAGUGGCUAUUGAAACGCAAGGGUUCACCUUUAUAACAAGUGGACGAAAACGAGAGUCUUUAACGGGCAAUGCAACGCUACACCUCUACCCCCACUUCCGACCCCUGCUGGAGUUUAAAGGUGUCACGGAUUACCUCUCGGCCGAAAUCUCCACGUCCAAGGAGAAGAAGUUUAGUCUGGUCACUUUCGUGGACACUCCCGGCUUGGUGGACGGCGACAUGAUCUAUCCUUUCGACGUCAACAACGCCAUCACAUCGUUUGGGCAACAGGCGGACUUGAUCUUCGUGUUUUUUGAUCCCAUGGGGCAGGCGCUGUGCAAGCGAACGCUCAACAUCGUGGAGAAGCUGAGCGAGACGUCCGCAGACAAGCUGCGCUUCUACCUCAGCAAGGCAGACGAGGCUGGCAAAGAGACAGACCGACAGAGAGUGAUGAUGCAGAUCGUUCAGGAGCUGUGUCGCCGCCCGGGACUCAACAAGUGUGGCUUUGAGAUGCCCACCAUCUUUAUUCCCAACCCCCAGAAGCCGAGCAGGUGCGUGAAUCAGAUUGAUGGGGUGUGUCAGACCAUAGAGAAGAGCAUCAACCAAGCCGUCCAGAAGACGCUUGACCAGCUGGAGAAGGACUGCGACCUCAUAUGCAAUACAAUCACUAACAAACUGGCCGAGGACAGAGAGAGCGUGAGCUACAACAAGAGCUCCAGGUUCCACUCCUUCAUGUGCGGCCUGAUGGGGGUCCUGCUCCCCACCCUCUUCAUCCUCAGCUUCGUGGUCAACACCUUCACCAGAGAGGAGGUGAACGGCCUGGUGGGGGAGGGGGUCGCCACCGCCCUCUUCCUCUCCACGGGAAUCAUGGUUGUAUUGUGGGAAUGGAUACCAGAGGAUGGGCAAAUAUUAUUCGUAAUCUUGCUUGGGGCAUCCAGCUACUUUCUCCUAUUCCUUGCCAAGUAUUUUGGCCGCCAGGGGAGCAAGACCCUCACCAAAAAGGAGAAGAAGACCCUGGCCGAGUAUAGCGAGUUUGUGCGAGAGGUGGUCAAAGCCAAGAAGCAGCGACUGUACGAAGAGUUCCUCCAGGAGUGUGCUGCGGAGUAUGACUUCUGACCCCACCUUCUCUUCAGCUUCAGCGUGUGUGAUCAUUGAGUUAACCAUGGGCAUUUCACACUCCAAAAACAGCUUCAGUGUAUGUGAUCAUUGAUUUAACCAUGGGCAUUUCACACUCCAAAAACAAAACCAGCAAGCAAAAAGCUCAGAGGGCUUGAAGUAGGCCUAUGCAGAAAAAACACACAAAUAUCCAGUGCAGUAUAUGUGUACGUGCCGUGCCGUACUAUAUAUUUGUCAUUAAACCAAAACCACGUGGGAAUUAUCCCUCCUCAGUCCUCACACAACACACCCUCAGACCUUCUCUAACUAUACUAUAUUUAUAUUUAAUCUAUGAGGUUGUGGUCACUCCCUGGGUUUAAGUCCCUCACCCAAGCCAGAGUUAGGACUAGAUCUGGCUCCCCCCAGUGCCUUUCUUUGCAUAAUGUGAAUGAAUAAGCAAAUGUGAUUGUACAUACAAUAGGACCUCACAGGGUUUGAGUUUUAGAACCUGCCAUUUUCUGAUAUAUUUUUUAUGUAUUUAAAUCUGAAAGUGCGCACAGGACUGUUUACAUAAGAUGAAGCCGCAAUUUAUUUUUCCCUUUCGGUGACUCCCUCAAUAACGUGUAACUGCCUUUUUUCUCGUUGAGGUGCUUUCAUUGUCUCUUUUAUUGUUCUUUGUGUGUGUGUGUGUGUGUCUGUGUGUGUGUCUGUGUGUGUGUCUGUGUGUGUAUCCGUGUGACUGUGUGUGUAUCUGUGUGACUGUGUGAAUGUGUGCAUUGUUGAGUGUGUGUAGGUAUCUCUGUGUGUGAAAGCAUCACUGGCAUUUUGGUACCCAGCAUUUUCUUCAGUCAUAUACAGUAGCCUAAAGACUGCACGUUAUCUGUUUCCAUCCUUAUCCAGGAUAGACUGAUCAAAAUGAAAAUAAUCUGUCCAAAUAGAUAAUGCAUUUUGGUAACUUAACUGAAUGUUAUUCAAAUCUCAUUAUGUCUGAAUUAUAAAUGCUGAUGAAACUCGAGCUAUCAGUAGAAAUAUAACAGUAAACAUCAGUGUUUGUUGUGAAGUAUCCUCCAUUUUAAAGUUUAGGUAUCGGUUCAUUUUUACUCCGUUUUCAGUUGAAGUAUAUAUGUCUUAACCUCGUACAGCAUCCCAGUUCUUUUCUGUGAGGGUUUUAUGCUGUUUUAAGCCUGCUCCUCUUUGCCAUGUAGGUCUACACUUUGUUCACGGUUUCUUUCACAAGACUUUACUUCAAGCCUCAGGCAUCUCCUGGGGUUCUUUUGGGAUACUGUUUUUAAAAAGGAAUUUCCAAAUCAAACUCUUGUGAAUGUUUAUUUAUCACUCUGUUUCUCUACGCAGUUACUCAAACAUCUCAUUUGAUCUUUGUAUCGGUGCUGUUGCUGAUUUUAUAAUGCCCUCAGUGACUUCAGACCGUUUGCUAUCAUUUCUCUAAAGGUACAAAUGUGUUUUUUUGAUUAUGAUUCAGGUGUAUUUUAUACAACAUAAUGUGAUUUCUGUAAUAAGUGUUUGCCAACAUGUCUUCCACAACUGACUGAAGUGGUGUUGUUGCUUUGUCAAAGGCCAUGUUAAUGUCAGACUGCUAUAAUGUAAUUGUUUUGUGUAUGGACUACUUGUUAAUGAAAUAGUAAAUAAAUAUUUCGAAUGA